AUGAAAUUCACCAGAGCAUGUUCAGUUUUCGCUUUCCUCCUUGCUGUUAAGUUGUUAACUCCAGAAUGCCACUGUGAUCAUGUAAAUAAGAAACCCCACGUGCACAGCAAUCACGGCCAUGGUAAUGGUAAUUGUGGAGUCAACCAUGGGAACUCAUCUGCUAAUUCAGGUAAUCUAAGCAGCACAGGCAAUUCAGGCAAUUCAGGCAAUUCAGGCAAAUCAGGCAAUUCAGGUAAUUCAUGUAAUUCACCCUGCUCCAAUGUUGUAUCAGGAAACUCUUCAAAUUCUGUAAGCGCCCCGGUCUCCGGCGCCUCUGCAUCAUCUGCUAAAUUAUCAGGCCCAGGAACCAUCCCUCCAGCUCCAACCCCAUCUCCAGUAAAACCCUCACCUAAAGAUGACGCGGGAAAGGCAAUUGACCAAAUUGAUGAUCAAAUUGAGAAGAAAAAUAAAAAGAAAAAAUUAUGCGUAAUAUCAUCAGCAGCUACAGCUUUGGCUCUCUUACUAGGAGGAGCAGUGGGAUUGGGAAUUUACAAAAAGAGAAAGGCACCACAGGUAAACGGAGAGAAUACAAAUGAAACCCCCGACACCGACAGUUCUGAGUCCGUCGUAGAAGGAAAUACAGAAACGACCGAUGCAACUGAUUCUCCCACCGACCCAGAAACCCCAGUAGAAUCAUAA